AUGGGAGAGGAUCAAUGUCAGUCGAUCUCCGUAGACGAACGCGUGGAUUGCCUUCAGAUGCACCAGGACCCGUGCGAAUCAGCAGGUUGCUGCUGGGGCCCGGUGGAGAGACCUUCAGGAGCAAAUCCACCCUGGUGUUUUUACAAGGAUCGAAAGAUGCUCAAUUGCACCCUGGGCGCAGAUCCCAAGCGUCCUUUUUCAGAUGCUGAGCUGGACCAGGUGAUGAAGCUCUUCGAGCUGAAUCUGGAUGUGCAGGGCACUGGUCAGGUCGUUGCCUCGCCUGAUCACAACACUGGGCCUGGAGGAGAUUACUACUUUGCAUGGGCCAGGGAUGGGGCGUUGAGUAUGAAUGCCUACCUUCAAACCAAGCCCUUCCCACAGUCGGAUGAGAAGAUGGAGAAAUGGAUCCAGUCGCUGGAGAAGGCGCAACAUGAGAGCGAUCCCAAUGGCAUCAACGUGCUGGUUGAGCCUAAGUUCCUGAUCCCCGAGGGCACGCCUUUCACGGGCGCCUGGUGUCGUCCACAAAACGACGCUCCCGGGCUUCGGGCCAUCACCGCCAUGUCCUACGCGGCCAAGAAACCCAGCGUGAACGAAAGGGUUUGGAGCCUCGUGAAGCAGAACUUGGAUUGGGUAGUGGCCAACUAUUCCAGCUCCACUUGCGACCUUUGGGAGGAGGUUCGUUCGGAGGAUUUCUUCUGGAACCGCUACAGCAUGCGCAAGGCCUUGCUGAUGGGCUCUGACUUUGCGAAAACCGUUGGCAAAGAUCAAGGAAGAGCCCAUCAAUACCAACAAGCAGCCCAGGCGGUCACUCAGAUGUUGUCUCAGCAUGUCAUCAAUGACUAUGUCAUCGAGUCGAACAAUCGUCAGAAGGACACUGCGGUUAUCGAAGCCUUCAAUGUGGGCGACAUGGAGGAUGGCUUGUUUGCACCCUUGAGCAAGGAGGCCGUCACCACCCUGGCGGGCCUGAGUCAAUUGUACUGCAGGAGCUUCGCUAUCAAUCAGCAGGCGGCCCAAAGUGGUGUACCCGGAGUGCUGUUUGGGCGUUACGAGGGGGACAGCUACGACGGCGGAAAUCCCUGGGUCCUGCUGACGGCCUCCGCAGCCACGUUGCUGUACCGCCAAGCGCUGCAGGCGACGAAGAUGCCUCCAACAGGGGAGGUGGCACAGAUCUUGGGAAAUCUGCUGGGGCGAACGCCCAGUGCGCAGAACUUGCUUGGAGCUGGUGAUGCAGUGAUGCUAUUGAUGAAGAAAUACCUGGUCAACGGCAUGCACAUGAACGAGCAGAUUGAUCGCAAUACUGGCAAGAUGACAUCUGCCCAAGAUUUGACUUGGAACUAUGCCAACGUCUCCUUGGCUGAGUCGGCACUGAUCAACCCUUGGAAAUUCCCUGUGACACUGUUGGGCCCCCGCAAGUCACAACACCGGGAGGAACCAGCUGCGAAUUUGUUGCGACCGCGUCGCGAAGCCCCGUGCAGUGGCAACAAAUGUGCCAUCGAUGGGGAGGCCAUGUUUCCCAAUGGUUUGCCCUCGGUGGACCCUAACCGGCCCUUGCAGUCUCAACGACGCCUACAAGAGGCCAUGGGCUCUGCCAAAGGAGCAGUCAGUGCUGCGGCUGUGGUUGGCUUGAAGGAAUUGCGUCCAGGCGAAGUGCCCAAAGCUGCAUUAAGCCGUAGAUCCUCGCCGCUUGAGGCCCAACGCGAAACGAAAUCCGGCGCCGUGAGUUUCAAGAAACUGGAGAGCGACUUCGGUCGCAAGGCUGCCAGCAUGUUGGCCGCCGCAGUGGAUCCGCGGAAGGACCUGGUGAGACAACAGCGGUCCCGCUUCGAGAGCGCGGCCGAGCUGGAGCAUUCGGCCAAGCGCAUGCGGCGCCUCAACGAGUUGGAGCAGAUGGAUGCAGCGCAGGAGCAGAUGGAGGAACUGAAAAAGAUGAAGGUGCGAGCGUAUCGGUGCAAGACCUGUUACACGACCUUCGACUCGGAGCGGCAGCGUUUGCGAUGCCAGGAAGAGGGCCAUGUGGUGGUCCAAGUUGAAGCCACCAAGACGCGCUGGGAAUGCGCCAGCUGUAAAUUCAGUGAGGAGGUGUUGGACCGGCAGCUACCGGGUUGCUGCCGUCGCUGCAGGGGAGAGACCUGGAAACAGGUUCCUCUGCGCAAGCUCCGUCGCAGCGCGCCCAUGGAGAAGGACAUGUUGCUUCCGCGUGGAGAAGAGCUUCCCUUCCUCAACUCCAUCCCAGAGAUGGCAGGACGUCGUGGAUGGCAAAAGGAAGCAGUGGAUGACUAUGAAGGGCUGUGA